AUGUUUUGCCGAAAUCAGGUGUCGAGAACCACGAUAGCAAGGGGGUCAUCAUUGGAUCUGGAAAUACGACGACUGGGGCAUUUCAACACUCUUACGGACUUGGCACAGGACGGUGAGGUGCAGCGUCAGAUAGACCGCGAGGUGCGGAUGCGUGAGGGAGCCAGUAAGCUGCUAGCUGCGUGCUCCCAGAGAGACCAGGCCCUGGAGGCCUCCAAGAGCCUGCUCACCUGCAACACCCGCAUCCUAGCACUGCUCAGCCAGCUGCAGAGAAUGAGGGAGGCCCAGGUCCUGCAGAGAGUAGGCAACAGGUCCUGUAUUGGUGGGUCACUGGAUGAGAGGCUGCCCUGCAUGGGUAAUGUGGCCAUCUCAGACCUGCGUAUCCCACUCAUGUGGAAAGACUUAGAGUACUUCAAGAGCAAAGGAGAGCUGCAUCGCUGUGCUGUGUUCUGUCUGCUCCAGUGUGGCAGAGAGAUCUAUGACACAGACCUGGUGAUGGCGGACAGGACUUUGACUGACAUCUGCUUCGAGGACACCAUCAUAUUUAAGGAGGCGAGCCCGUGCUUUGAGCUCCGUGUGGAGCUGUACAGUACCUGUGUGGUGGAGGACUUCUCUCCGGGCCCAGGGGCACUAGGACCCAGGAGACAUAACCGCCUCAGCAGCUCCCUGGGCUGCACCUCUGGGAGGAGGAUCAGGGCAGCUCUAGAGUCUGCAGCCUGUGGUACCAUAUCCAACGUAGAGAGAGGUGAUGGAGGAGGAGGGUCUCCACCACCUCUGCUGCCUGCUCUCUGUACAGAGGGGCCAAAGUAUCACCUUCUGGCCCACACCACACUGACAAUAGCACAUGUUCAGGACAGCUUCAGAACACACGACCUGUCCAUAUCAGCCACAGGUGAGUGUGCAUUCUGGCUGCCUCUCUAUGGCAGUGUGUGUUGCCGUCUGGCAGCCCAGCCUCUCUGUAUGACCCAGCAGGUUAUCAGCGGCAGGAUCAAGAUUGAGAAGGAGCCUGAGUGUUGGACUGACAUCUACGGUGUCCUCAAAGGGACAAGUCUUACCUGUUACCACAGUCAAGAGAGCAUGGUUGCCCAAGAGGAGCCGUUAUUCACCAUCGCCAUCAACAAGGAGACCCGCAUCCAUGUGUCUGAGAGAGGGCCUCUCCACCAUACCCAGAGUAUAUCCAUCAGCACACACACCCGAGGUGACGAAGCUGUCACACACACUCUGGUCACACACACACCCCAGGACACACAGCGCUGGAUGGAGGCCUUCUGGCAGCACUUCUAUGACAUGAGUCAGUGGAAACAGUGUUGUAAUGGCCUGAUGAAGAUCGAGGUACCCUCUCCUAGGAAAUCCCAUUUGGUCACAGCGAAGCAGGGGUCGCUUUACCACGAAAUAGGAAGAUGGACUGAACGAAACCUGCUCUGA